UAUAUGAUUGAAGAGAGCUGCUGGAGAGCGGCUGUCCUCAGCUCCAUGUUGCUGGUCGCGAGGAUGUUCUCUCAGAGUUAUAUUUGGGCUCCACUGGUGUUACUGGCUGUCCUUUCUCAUAUCCCUUGUAAAGCACAGGAUCAAGUUCCAGCUCCGCGCAGGCUGCGUUUCAAAGUGCUGAACCCAAACAACCUGCUCGUCUCGUGGAAGGAGCCCAAAGGCGACUUUGACAGCUACCUCUUCCUCUACAAAAGUGUACCAGGUGGUCAUCAGCGGGAGAUCAUCACAUCAAAAAGUGACAGUAAAGUGUUGAUAACAGACUACGACCCAUCCAAGGACUAUGUCGUCAGAGUAAUUGCUGUCAGCGGCAGCACUCAGAGCAGAGCACUGCUCGGCAGAUUUAAAGCAGUUGAGAGGGGCGAGGCUGAUGUCGGAGGCACAACGAAGCCUCAGCGUCUGACGGAUUCAUUUGUUUUGCUUGAAGAUGUCAACGAGAUCUCCGGAGCGGAGCAGUUCGUGUGCCACACCGAGUCCGUAGCAGAUAUUGUGAUCCUGGUCGAUGGCUCUUGGAGUAUCGGUCGGCUCAACUUCCGGCUGGUCCGCAUGUUCCUGGAAAACCUGGUCAACGCUUUUGACGUUGGCAUUGAUAAGACCAGGAUAGGUCUGGUUCAGUAUAGUGGUGAUCCCAGGAUGGAGUGGCAUCUCAAUGCUUUCGCUACUAAAGAAGCUGUCAUUGACGCUGUCAAGAACCUUCCUUACAAAGGAGGAAACACUCUCACGGGGCUUGCACUGUCCUAUAUCCUGGAGAACUGUUUCAAGCCUCAAUCUGGUGCCCGUGUUGGCGUACCGAAGAUCGGGAUCCUCGUUACUGAUGGGAAGUCUCAAGAUGAUGUCAUACCACCUGCGGAAAGCCUGCAAAAAGCUGGGGUAGAACUCUUCGCUAUUGGUGUGAAGAACGCUGAUGAGAACGAGCUGCGCUCCAUCGCCUCAGAGCCGGAUGACUCUCAUGUAUAUAAUGUUGCCGACUUCAAUGUUAUGAGCGCCAUUGUCGAAGGAUUGACCAGAACGGUGUGUGAACAAGUGGAGCAGCAAGACAAGGACAUUAAGGAACAACAGCCACCAGAGACUAUUGGACCACCGUCAGGCUUGGUGACAUCAGAGGUCACAGCCAGGAGCUUUCGAGUCACGUGGCGCCACUCGCCUGGAAAUGUCGACAAAUACAGAGUGGUUUAUUUCCCAGUUCAUGGAGGACAACCACAGGAGGCUGUUGUUGACGGCCGUGACACCUCCGUAGUGUUGCAACACCUCAACUCACAGACCUCAUACCAGCUGUCCGUGUUUGCUGUGAACCAAAACGGGGCCAGUGAACCACUACGAGGAUAUGAAACAACCCUGGCUCUUCCCACAGUGACAGGCCUCCAGCUGUUUGAUGUGACUCACCACAGCAUGAAAGCAAGAUGGGACAGUGUGAAGGCAGCAUCCGGCUACAUGUUGCUUUUUGCACCGCUUCCAGAUGAUGGAGACUUGGGUGAGAAGGAGGUCAAAGUAUCAGAAGCAGUGAAGGAGCUGGAGCUAGAUGGUCUGCUCCCCCGCACUGAGUAUAGCGUCACUGUUUAUGCAAUGUACGGAGAGGAGGCCAGCGACCCCAUUACAAACCAGGAAACUACUUUACCACUUAGCGCGCCCGGUAACCUCCAGUUCUCUGACAUCACCCACAACUCGGCACGCAUCAGCUGGGACCCCGCAGCCAGUGGAGUUACUGCUUAUCGCAUCACGUGGGUCAAGACCGAUGGGCGGGUCAGCGAGGAGGUGGAAGUUGAGCCCGUGAGCUCUUACGACCUCAGUGGACUGACAUCUCUGACGGAGUACUCAGUGGCUCUGUUUGCGCUGUAUGAUGAAGGCCAAUCAGAGCCGCUCACUGAUGGAUUUACAACCACUCCGGUUCCAGGUCCACUGCAUCUCCGUUCCAGUGAUGUCACUCCAGACAGCUUUCAGGUCAGCUGGGAUCACUCAGCAGAUGACAUCAUCGUCUACAGACUCUCCUGGGCACCGCUCGCAGGAGGCGACACAAAGCAGGUGGUCCUAAGUGGAAGCAAUCACCGAUACACUUUGACAGAUCUGAGACCUUCCACUGCGUACGAAGUUAUGGUGAUGGCGCUCUUCAAAGACCAGUCAGAGAGCGACGCUGUAUCUGUCACAGAGACCACAAUGGCCAAGACAACAACGAUCGCCACCACAACCUCCGCCCCCCGCCAAGCGCUGAGAAACCUUCUUGUGAAUGACGAGACCACGCAGAGCCUCCGGGCAUCUUGGGAGCUGGACGACCCCCGUGUGGGGAGCUACAGGCUGUCCUACGCCAGCCUCGGAGCCGAUCGCGGAGAGGAGACGGUGUUAGUUCCUGGUAGACAGAAAAGUGUGCUGCUCGAGUCCUUACUUCCUGACACUCAGUACAAAGUAACUGUCACACCAGUUUACACCGAUGGGGACGUUGGCAUCAGCGUGUCCGCACAGGGGACCACAUUGCCGCUCUUGUCUCCUGAAAACCUUCGUAUAUCCGAGGAGUGGUACAACCGCUUGAGGGUCACCUGGGACCCUCCGCAGUCUGCUGCCAUGGGUUUCAAGAUCCUUUACCAACCGGUCUAUGCUCCCUCAGUACCAGGGAGCGUUUCGGAGAUGACCGUGCGUGAAGACGUCAACUCGGUUCUCCUCCCGAAUCUGCAAAGUGGGACAGAGUACAGCGUUCAAGUGACCGCAUCCUACCCAUCGGGACAAAGUGAACCAUUGCUAGUGAACGCUAAGACAUUGUUCCUGGGUGUCUCUGACUUGACAGUCUCGCAGGUGCGCCACAACAGCAUGUGUGCGCAAUGGCAGCCUCAUCUGCACGCGACCUAUUACAGAGUCUCCAUCCAAUCCACACUCAACAGUCAGCGACAGGAAGUGAGCCAAGGAGGCGGGGCUUCUCGACAGUGCUUCUACGACCUUUUUCCAAGCAGCCAAUACGAGAUCAGCAUUCGCGCGCGGAUGCAGGAAAUGGAAGGCCCUCCUGUCACCGUCACUGACAUGACACUGCCAGCGCCCACGCAGGCUCCGACAGAACCCCCUGCCACGGAACCCCCUCCCACCAUCCCGCCUGCCAAAGAAGUAUGCAAGGAGGCCAAGGCGGAUCUGGCGUUCCUGGUUGAUGGCUCUUGGUCCAUCGGCGACGACAACUUCAUGAAGAUCACAAAUUUCCUGUAUAGUACCGUUGGAUCGCUGGAUCAAAUUGGGCCGGAUGGCACCCAGGUGGCCAUUUGUCAGUUCAGCGAUGACGCUCGAACAGAGGUCCAGUUGAGUUCCCAUGGCAACAAAGAAGCACUGCUGGAAGCGAUUCAGAGAAUCAGAUACAAGGGAGGAAACACAAAGACAGGUCGAGCCAUUAAGCAUGUGAAGGAGUCAAUUUUCAACUCUGAUGUCGGAGCCAGGAGGGGGGUACCCAAAGUUCUGGUUGUCCUCACCGACGGCCGUUCGCAGGAUGAUGUCAAUAAAGUGUCCAAGGAAAUGCAGAUGGAGGGCUACAUCAUUUUUGCAAUCGGCUUUGCGGAUGCAGAUUACGGGGAACUCGUCAACAUCGCCAGCAAGCCUAGCGACAGACACGUCUUCUUCGUAGACGAUUUGGAUGCUGUGAAGAAAAUCGAGGAGCACCUCAUUACCUUCGUCUGCGAGGCAGCCACUGCCACUUGUCCGUCAAUUCUGAUGAGUGGAAACAGCGUGGCAGGUUUUCAAAUGAUGGAGAAGUUUGGUUUGGUGGAGAAGGAGUACAGCAACAUAUCUGGAGUUUCUCUGGAGCCGGGCUCGUUCAACAGCUUCCCCUGUUACAGGUUGCACCGUGACGCGCUGCUGUCGCAGCCCACCAAGUACCUUCAUCCUGUCGGUUUACCAUCUGACUACACCAUCUCUAUGAUGAUCCGCCUUCUUCCCGAGACUCCACAGGAGCCCUUUGCAUUGUGGGAAAUCCUCGAUAAGGACACCGAGCCAUUGGUGGGACUCAUCUUGGACUGCUCCGGGAAGAGUUUGACGUUCUUCAACUAUGACUACAAAGGAGACUUUCAGACUGUCACCUUUCAAGGAACUCAAAUAAAAAAAGUUUUCCAUGGCAGUUUCCAUAAGCUGCAUGUAACCAUCAGUAAGACGGCAGUGACGGUGGUGUUGGACUGCGCCCUUGUCGGAGAAAAAGCCAUCAGUGCAGCCGGGAACAUCACCACGGAGGGCGUGGAGAUCCUGGGUCGCACGGUGCGGUCUCGAGGCAGACGGGACAGUUCUGCUCCGUUUCAGCUCCAGAUGUUUGAUAUCAUCUGCAGUACAUCGUGGGCAAGCAGGGAUAAGUGUUGUGAACUGCCAGCUUUGCGAGUUGAGGAGGAGUGCCCGUCGAUGCCUCGCGCCUGCACCUGUUUCCAAGACAGCAAGGGACCCCCAGGACCUUCCGGACCUCCUGGUGGUCCGGGGAUUCGGGGAACGCGAGGGGACAGGGGCGAACCUGGAGUGACGGGGCCGCAAGGGCCUGUGGGAGAGACUGGCCCUGCUGGACCACCUGGACCGUCAGGACCUCAGGGACCCAGCGGCCUCUCUAUUCAGGGGCCUCAGGGGGCUGCUGGGGAGAAGGGAGAAACAGGAGAGAUCGGCCCGGCCGGCCCAAUGGGUGUUCCUGGAAGUCAGGGCUCCCCCGGGAGGGAUGGUCCGCCUGGAGCGAGGGGCCUACCAGGUAAUAACGGACCUCAAGGUCAACAGGGGCCGCCGGGCCCUCUUGGAGCCCCGGGUGCACCUGGAGCUCCUGGCCCGAUUGGAUCAGCAGGACCUCAAGGGGAACAAGGACCUUCUGGUCCCGCUGGUAUCAAAGGAGACAAAGGAGAAAGAGGUGACGUGCAGUCCCAGGCAGCGGUGCGCGCUAUCGCAAGACAAGUGUGUGAGCAGCUCAUUCAAAGCCACUUGUCGCGCUACAACUCCAUCCUGAACCACAUCCCAGUCCAGUCGGUCGGGUCAGCGCAUCCGGCGCCCGGACCACCCGGUGAGCCGGGUGGAAGAGGCCCCCCGGGACGUCAGGGAGACCAAGGACCAGCCGGCAGGCCCGGCUUCCCCGGUGAUAACGGGCAGAGUGGACGGCCAGGAGAGAGAGGUCUCGCAGGGGAGAAGGGUGAGAGGGGGAGUCCGGGUGUUGGGAAUCAAGGACCAAGGGGCCCCCCGGGACCACCAGGCUUACCGGGCGAGGGGCGCACGGGCAGUCAGGGGCCCGUCGGGCGGCCUGGGAACCCGGGGGCUCCGGGGAGGCCGGGCAAUCCAGGUUCCACCGGACCGGCUGGACCGCCAGGCUACUGCGACCAGAACUCUUGUUUGGGGUACAAUGUUGGAGUCCAAACUUUGCCUCAUGGUGGCUACCGGCUCUACAAUCAAGCCUACAACCCUUCUGCAGUAGCUUACGACAUCGACCAAGGAGGCCGAGAUGAUGACGAAGAAGAAGAAGACGAGGAGGAGGGUGAAGAGGACCCUUAUUACCACGGUUACCCGCGGGCCCCUUCCCGCUCGGAAGACGUGGAGCUGCGGUCGCCCGGCGUGGUCGGAAGGUUUCCCCGCGACGUCGUCGUCAUGGAGGAGCGCGAGACGAAGGACGCCCUCACCUCAAGUGCUUGAAGUUGCACGUGCGCACACCCACACACACACACACACACACACACACACACACAUCAGAAGCUGUAGCAG